GAAUUGUGCAGCCUAGAAAAACCCUUGUCAGGAGUGGGAGAGAUGUGGGCUUCUGCCUAAGAGAUGUGACAGCUAGGGAGCAGGAAGCCUAAGGGUAGGUGCCCUUGGUGGACCAUAGAAAGGGAAUGCAGAUGUAGUUGCCCUGAACUGUCUCAGCUAUAAGUGACAUAAAGCCUUUAGAGGCCAUUUGUCAGUUUCAUAGCUAAGUGGCCAAGAAAUCAGAUUCCUGACCUGUACUCAAGAGCUGCUGCUCCUAGAUAUUUGUGAAUAUGAAUAGGGAUCUAAUCAGGCCAUGUUCAACAAAGGAACGCAGAGAUGUUAAUUGUCUGUAGAACUUUAAUGAAUAAACAGCAUUCCUUCCUAUUCCUUAUUUAUCUACUUCUAAAUUCCAGUGGCUACUUCUAAUGAUAACAUGCAAAUUUGGUAGCUUACGGAAAAGCCGCAUUUCAUUGAUACAGGGAUCUGAUGGAGUACAAUUCAGUAUGGCAUAUACUGGUUUUCUAUAGGUUGCAACAUAUCGUGAUUAUAGCACUGCAACCAUGUGUUAGGAUUAAAUGGCAUUUUUCUUAAGGGAAAGGUGUGGUCUUCUGCUCAGAGUUUGAGACUGGGAGUCAGGAGACCUGGGUUCUAUCUCUGAAUCCAUUACUAACCUCCCUGUGUCUAGCUGAUCACCUGAAAAAUAAGGGAAUGAAUAAAAGUCUAGUCCCCCAUCACGUUGGGAUCCAGGAAUGAGGGGUGCUGCACAAUUCUAAUUCUUAAGACAAUAAAUAGAGGACUUGGUAAUGGGAUAAUAGAGAGCUUCACCUGCCCAAAUCCAGCCGAGCUGGGUUGUGACCAAACACUGUUGUGAGCACCUGGUAGUUGCUUGAAGAUCUAUACUGUAUGAAAUGAGUUCAGUAAGUUUGGUCCAGCACCUAACAGACAGGUGUCUGCAUCCCCCAACUCCCACAGCGAGUUCCAAACAGUGCGCUCAUUGCUAAUCUCAGGAGAGGCCAGGGACUGGAUGGCUCAUGGCAACUGACCUACCUUCUCAACCCAGUGUUAAGGGAUGAGAUGCUUUGGCCAGACAGCGUGGGGGAAGCUUGUGCUGCUGCUGUCUGCACUGGACAGGCUCUGAGGAUAAACACAGGGCAUGUGUCUCAGAGCUGUCAAUCCAGCUCUCAUUUCACAUAAAAAGGUAGUUAAUAUCUCCUUCCCCCACCACAAGUCUCUCCAUUUUCUGUUCUGGUUGCACCCAGCCAGCCUUCAGUUUGGUAAGGGCGGAGCUUUGUUUUGCAUGGACUCAAAGCCAGCUUUGGAAAAAAAAUCACAGCAAAAAGCUCUCCCUUCCAUAAAGCAAUAAACAAGUUCAGUUCCCAGAUGUGCAAGAGGGAAAUGCCCAGCAUGCUUGUUCCUGAACUCUUCCCUUCCAGAUGUGAAACGGUGAGGAGCCGUGACAGCAGCAGCUUUCUGGACAACAACAUGGCUCUUUAAUAAAAAGUCCAUGGCGGGAGCCCCGGAGGAAGCCCAGAGGCAGCUGAUAGCUAGCCAGGAAAAAGGCUGCAUGGGGAACAUAGAGUGGAAUUUUCCUCUGGAAAACCCUUUGAACCUCACUGCUUGGAGUCAGUGGUAAAAUGGUUUUGUCUCAUUUCCAUUUGAUUAACUGUUUCACAAUAGCUGGGCUCGGUCUUUCCAUGCUGUUGGGAGGCGGCUUUGAGCUGCAGGCAAAGAGGGGUUACGGAGGAGAUUUCCUUCCUUUUGAACUCCUUCCUUUGUGACCAAGGCAACACUUGAAUCCCCACCCUGCUAUGCAGGCUGGAAAGAACUAACCUAGUGGGCCAGAUUCUCCCCUGGGCAAAUGCACCGCAGGGCUGGCUUGACUUGCUCCUUGGGGAGCCCGAGGCAGAGAGCCGUAUGUCACACCCACACACCACCUUGACAUAAGGAGAGUGGUGGAAGCAUCUCUAUGUUCAGGCUGUUCCUGGCUACUGGAAUGGCCUGUUGGCUUGACAAGGGACAUUGGCUACCUGGGAGACCCUGCAUCUACCGCAUGGCAUUCAGUGGUAGCUGCAGUCAGCUAAGGUGCUCAGCUUAUGCAAGAGGCUGUUCUUGAAGCAGGAGUCCCUGGGGAGCACAGGGUUGCAUGCGGACUAUAGUGCCUUUACACCUCCGGAUGCUGGCUCAAUCCAACCCAGCAGCUGGAUCCUACACACUUUACUCAGGUAAGUAGUUCCCUUGACUUCAAUGGGGCUACUCAUGGUAGUAAGUGUUGUAGGACUGAGUCUUGGGGUUGGUGACAGGGACCCCAGGACUGUGUGCAGCCUAAGCCCUGGUCUACACUAGGACUUUAGGUCGAAUUUUUGCAGCGUUAAAUCGAUGUAAACCUGCACCCGUCCACACAAUGAAGCCCUUUAUUUCGACUUAAAGGGCUCUUAAAAUCGAUUUCCUUACUCCACCCCUGACAAGUGGAUUAGCACUUAAAUCGACGUUGCCGGCUCGAAUUUGGGGUACUGUGGACACAAUUCGAUGGUAUUGGCCUCCGGAAGCUAUCCCAGAGUGCUCCAUUGUGACCGCUCUGGACAGCACUCUCAACUCAGAUGCACUGGCCAGGUAGACAGGAAAAGAACUGCGAACUUUUGAAUCUCAUUUCCGGUUUGGCCAGCGUGGCAAGCUGCAGGUGACCAUGCAGAGUUCAUCAGCACAGGUGACCAUGAUGGAGUCCCAGAAUCGCAAAAGAGCUCCAGCAUGGACCGAACGGGAGGUACGGGAUCUGAACGCUGUUUGGAGAGAGGAAUCCGUGCUAUCAGAACUCCGUUCCAGUUUUCAAAAUGCCAAAACCUUUGUGAAAAUCUCCCAGGGCAUGAAGGACAGAGGCCAUAACAGGGACCCGAAGCAGUGCCGUGUGAAACUGAAGGAGCUGAGGCAAGCCUACCAGAAAACCAGAGAGGCGAACAGCCGCUCUGGGUCAGAGCCCCAAACAUGCCGCUUCUAUGAUGAGCUGCAUGCCAUUUUAGGGGGUUCAGCCACCACUACCCCAGCCGUGUUGUUUGACUCCUUCAAUGGAGAUGGAGGCAAUACGGAAGCAGGUUUUGGGGACGAAGAAGAUGAUGAUGAGGAGGAGGUUGUAGAUAGCUCACAGCAAGCAAGCGGAGAAACCGGUUUUCCCGACAGCCAGGAACUGUUUCUCACCCUAGACCUGGAGCCAGUACCCCCCAAACCCACCCAAGGCUGCCUCCUGGACCCAGCAGGCGGAGAAGGGACCUCUGCUGCAUGUGUUUCAAUGAUCACAGGAUCUUCUCCUUCCCAGAGGCUAGUGAAGCUUAGAAAGAAAAAAAAACGCACUCGCGAUGAAAUGUUAGCCGAGCUCAUGCUGUCCUCCCACACUGACAGAGCACAGACGAAUGCGUGGAGGCAAAUAAUGUCAGAGUGCAGGAAAGCACAAAAUGACCGGGAGGAGAGGUGGCGGGCUGAAGAGAAUAAGUGGCGGGCUGAAGAGAGUAAGUGGCGGGCUGAAGACAGGGCUGAAGCUCAAAUGUGGCGGCAGCGUGAUGAGAGGAGGCAGGAUUCAAUGCUGAGGCUGCUGCAGGACCAAACCAGUAUGCUCCAGUGUAUGGUUGAGCUGCAGCAAAGGCAGCUGGAGCACAGACUGCCACUGCUGCCCCUCUGUAACCAACCGCCCUCCUCCCCAAGUUCCAUAGCCUCCACACCCAGACGCCCAAGAACGCGGUGGGGGGGCCUGCGGCCAACCAGCCACUCCACCACAGAGGAUUGCCCAAAAAAAAGAAGGCUGUCAUUCAAUAAAUUUUAAAGUUGUAAACUUUUAAAGUGCUGUGCUUAAAGUGCUGUGUGGCAUUUUCCUUCCCUCCUCCACCACCCCUCCUGGGCUUCCUUGGUAGUCAUCCCCCUAUUUGUGUGAUGAAUGAAUAAAGAAUGCAUGAA